AUAUAUUAUACAUAAAACGAUUGAUGACCGUUACACAAUUAAUUAACAAGUACUGAUUGGUUCAAGUUGAAUCUUACAAUCAAUAAAAAUAUAAAAUACUAUUUAUAUUAAUGUAAUUAUUGAAGAAUUACAACCAAAGUGAAUUUUUGAUCCAUUUACUAUUUUUUUAUUCGGCAAAUUUUGAAUUAAUCAAAAUGAAUAGAGGUUAUUCGCAGCUGAGUGUUUCUCUGAUGAAGCAUACGAUUGUGUUCGAAUGGAAAAUUGACAACAUCAAGACAUUUAUCGAAAUGUUUAAAAAUUCAAACGAGUGCAUUCAAAUAUAUUCACCAGAGUUUUCAGCGGGUGCUAAGAUGAAUGAUCUAUGGCAACUCAAGUUGGUACUAAAUGAUCAAUCAGAUGAUGAUUAUUGCAUAUCAUUGUAUCUGAUUCCCUUGAACCGAUGCAAUGAUCAGCAUAAAAUAAAAACCGCAUUUUCAUUUUUUAUCAUCAAUGACAAGGGAAUUAAAAUUGAGAUCGUAAAAUUCAACAGAGUUUUUGAUAAAUAUGAAGGCUGGGGUCUGCCGAUUUGUAAAAAAGAAGAUUUGAUUAAAGAUGAAAGCACUUUCAAUUGGGAUCCAUUUACUGUAGGUAUCGAGCUGACGGUAUAUGAUUCUGACAUCAUGCCUUUUACUGUUGAAUCAUUGAAAAAAUUGAAACAUUCAAUGGUUUAUGAUUACAAUCAACUGUUCCUAAGUAAGCAAGACAGUGAUGUCGUACUCGUGGUUCGGGAUGAAGAGUUUCAAGCCCACAAGUCAAUUUUGAAAGUUCGCAGUCCAGUUUUCCACGCCAUGUUUACCGCCAACAUAAAACCAAACAAAAAAGACCGAGUAAAAGUACCUGACAUGAAUCCGGUCAUUUUUAACAGCAUCCUUGAAUUUAUCUACACAGAUAAAGUACCUGACGUAAUUACAGAAGAAUUACUUGACGCUGCGGAUAAAUUCCAGCUCGAAUUACUCAAGAAAAUUUGCGAAGAAUUCUUUUGCGAUUCUGUAUCUACGGAAAAUGUUGUCUCCAUGCUUAUUUUAGCAGAUAAAUAUAAUGCGAAGCAACUGUUGGAAUACUCGACAGAGUUUAUUGUCAGUAAUGCGAAGAGUGUCAUCGAUACGCCAGAGUAUAAUGUCAUGAAGAAAUCACAUCCAUCUUUGAUAGUAUUGCUGUUUGAAAAGUUUGCAGAUUCUAAAUAAAGUCAUUAGAGUACUUGAUAUAUAUUUAUUUUAAUAUAUGAUUAGUGAGCAGAUAAGUAGCAGCCAUACUUACGUUUUUUUGGGUGUGAAAAUGAAAAAUGAUAAAAAAAAUUUUUUUUAAUACUUAGACUUUUUGUGCUUGAUAAAUUUUUUAAUUACUUAGUAGUAUGUUUAGGAAAUUUGAAUUUCCCGUGAAUUUUUUUUGCUUUUGAAAGUUUAAAUAGAAAGUGAAAACUUCAUUUUCACAUCUACUUUACUCACGUCACUCUUGCCAUUAUUUUUUAAUACUUUGAGAUUUAAAUAAUUAUAGACUACACGAAAAAAAGGAUUUCUCGGUGCAAGGAAUUUCUCGCAUUAUGAAUUACAGACAAAAAUUUUUUCUUGACCAGGAAAAUUUUUAUUUCAAUUUAUAAUGCAAAAAGUUAAGGAACAAGUGAAAGUUUUCUUGAAGCGAGAGAAAAUUUCCUUUGCCAAUUAAUCCUUUUUUUUUAUGUUUAAAUUAUUUGUUAGGUUAAUUAUUUAAAUUAAAUAAUAAUUAAUAAGUUCAAAAAUCUUUAUAAUCUUAAAUUAUUUUUUUGAUGUCAAUUAUUAAUUUAAUUUGUUUCUUGCAAUUGACGUUAAAAAGAAAAUUUAAUUUUUAAAGUCUUGUUCAGUUUAAAUAUUUAAAAUUUUAAAUAUACCGCGAAUAUUUUUUGCGUUCGAAAGUUUAAAAAGAAAGUGAAAAAAUUUAAUUUUCACAUCUACUUUACUAAGGUCACUCAUGCUAUAUUUUUUAAUACUUAGAGAUAUUUAAAUAAAUAUAGACUACACGAAAAAAAAGAUUUUUUGGUGGGAGAAAUAUUUUGCAUUAUAAAUUGAAGACAGAAUUUUUCAUAGAAGUAGAAAAAAUUUAUUGAUGUAAAAAAUUUUUUCUUGACCAGGAAAUUUUUUUAUUUUCAAUUUAUAAUACAAAAAGUUAAGGAACAAGAGAAAAUUUCUU